ACCUAAAGGACAACCAAUGUCAGAGUACCAUAGCUCUUUCCCAUUGCAGCAAAAGAUUACUACUACGGAACUCUCAUUCUUAAGCUACGCCUGUUGUUGUGUUGACGUUAGCGGGACCGUUCCGGCAAAACCCUCCUCUCAAAUCCAAAACCUCAUACUGAUACUAUAACCUUCUCUAGAUCUCCUCAGUCACAGUACUAUCUUCCUCUAGAUUCACGCAUCAACCACUCAACAACCACCGACAUGGACGGCCGGACCGACGACGAUGACGACGGAGACUUCCUAUCAUCUCUCGGCUCUUCCGUGAAUCCUUCCAAUUUCAUCGGAACGGACCUCGGCGCCCCCUCUUCUUCUCACACCAACACCAAACAACUCCAUCACAGCUCUAAAUCAGCACCACAAGAUGACUCCUCAGACGAAGACAAUAACAACAAAGAAAAAGAAUUGCACAGCAGCGGCAGCAGCAGUACUCGCACCCCCGUCAAGAUAUUCGAUCGCUUCUACGAAUCUUCCGACGACGACGAGGAUGUCGACGCCGAUCGCCGCUCCACUCCCGGCGGAGGCAGCGGCGGUCUGGACAUCGGAGCGGCGGUCGAGAGCGCCGGCAGGCGCCUCGACUACAUGAUCCAGUUCCUGGACCGCAAGCUCUCCUCCCCCGACAGCCCCAACAACAACAACCACCCCAUCGAGAACCCGGUCCUGACGGAGUUCGUAGCCGGCGGCGGAGGGACCGGGAUAUUUAGAGUCCCGGUCCGAACCGCGGCGCACCCGGGGCAGCCGCCGAGCCUGGAGCUGCGGCCCCACCCGCUCCGGGAGACGCAGAUUGGGUGCUUUUUGAGGACCCUGGUAUCUACAGAGUCUCAAUUGUGGGUCGGGUCGGAAUGGGGGCUUAGGGUUUGGAAAUUUUCGGAGUUGUAUUCACCGUCGGCCGCGGCUGCGUUUGGGGAUGAGGAGGCGGCGCCGUUUUACGAGUCGGUGCAGACCUCACCGACACUGUGCGUGAUCGUGGAUGAGGGGAGUAGGGUUGUGUGGAGUGGGCAUAGGGAUGGUAGGAUUAGGGCUUGGAAGAUGGAUCAGUGUUUGGAGCUGGGAAGUGCCUUUAGAGAAGCACUUUCUUGGCAGGCGCAUCGGGGUCCGGUUCUCUCGAUUGUUAUGACUUCUUACGGGGAUCUAUGGUCGGGUUCUGAGGGUGGUGCAAUCAUGAUUUGGCCUUGGGAGUCGAUUGAGAAAUCUAUUUCUCUUACAGUGGAAGAAAGACACUUGGCUGCACUAUUAGUGGAGAGGUCAUAUAUUGACCUCAGGAGCCAAGUCACCGGGAAUGGUGUCUUUAAUAUUUUUACUUCUGACGUUAAGCAUAUAUGGUCUGAUCAUUCUGGUACCAAAGUUUGGAGUGCUGGGUAUCUUUCAUUUGCGUUGUGGGAUUCUCGUACUAGGGAGGUACUUAAAGUGUUCAACAUCGAAGGUCAGAUUGAGAACACAUCAUUUACGCAGGAUCUCACGGUGAAAGAUGAGAUGAAAACAAAGUUCGUUUCUAUUUCAAAGGAGGAGCGACCCCAAAGUGCCAUCAGUUUCUUUCAGCGCUCACGCAAUGCUAUAAUGGGAGCUGCUGAUGCUGUUCGUCGAGCUGCAGUAAAGGGAGCAUUUGGAGAUGAUAAUCAGAGAACUGAAGCACUAAUCACGACAAUUGAUGGCAUGAUUUGGACUGGGUGUUCAAAUGGACAGCUUGUUCAGUGGGAUAGUAAUGGCAAUCGUUUGCAAGAUUUCAAGCACUAUUCUCAGUCCGUUCAAUGCUUAAGGACAUUUGGGUUUCGAAUAUGGGUAGGCUAUUCAAGCGGCAUUAUUCAGGUGUUGGAUCUCAAUGGUAGUUUACUUGGAGGAUGGAUAGCUCACAACAGUUCUGUAAUAGAUAUGGCUGUUGGGGCUGGUUACAUUUUCACAUUGGCUAACCAUGGUGGCAUACGAGGAUGGAGUAUCACAUCUCCAGGACCUCUUGAUAGCAUAUUACGUUCAGAGUUAUCUGGAAAAGGAUUUUUAUAUACUAGGAUAGAAAAUUUGAAAAUCCUGGCUGGUACAUGGAAUGUUGCACAAGGAAGAGCCACCCGUGACUCACUUAUAUCUUGGUUAGGUUCUGCAGCCACAGAUGUUGGCAUUGUUGUUGUUGGGUUGCAGGAAGUUGAAAUGGGUGCUGGUUUCCUCGCAAUGUCUGCAGCAAAAGAAACUGUAGGUCUUGAAGGGAGUAAUGCUGGACAGUGGUGGCUGGAUAUGAUAGGGACAACUUUGGAUGAGGGGUCAACUUUUGAACGUGUUGGUUCCAGACAGCUGGCUGGCUUGCUCAUUGCUGUGUGGGUCAGGGACAAUAUUAGAGAUCAUGUUGGGGAUGUUGAUGUUGCAGCAGUUCCAUGUGGUUUUGGACGUGCAAUUGGUAACAAGGGAGCUGUUGGUUUGAGGAUGAGAGUGUUUCGUCGGACAAUGUGCUUUGUAAACUGCCACUUUGCUGCACACUUGGAAGCUGUCAAAAGCCGUAAUGCUGAUUUUGAUCAUGUAUAUCGAACCAUGGUCUUCAGUCGACCGUCUAACCUUCUCAAUGCUGCUGCUGUUGGAGUCUCAUCUGCCGUUCAAAUGCUUCGCGGUCUAAAUGCCAUGGACAUAAACUCUGUGGAGGGCAUGCCUGAGCUAUCUGAGUCAGACAUGGUUGUAUUUUUGGGUGACUUCAAUUAUCGGCUUGAUGAUAUAUCUUAUGAUGAAGCAAGGGAUUUUAUUUCUCAAAGAUCCUUUGAUUGGCUCAGAGAAAGGGAUCAACUCCAUGCAGAAAUGAAAGCCGGGAAUGUCUUCCAGGGAAUGCGUGAAGCGAUCAUUAGAUUUCCUCCCACGUACAAAUUUGAAAGGCACCAAGCUGGUUUAGCAGGGUAUGAUUCUGGUGAAAAGAAACGCAUUCCUGCGUGGUGUGACAGAAUUAUAUACCGUGAUAGCCGUUCUGGUUCAGUGUCUUCUUGCAGUUUGGACUGUCCUGUAGUAUCUUCAGUAUUACAGUAUGAGGCUUGCAUGGAUGUGACAGAUAGUGAUCAUAAGCCUGUACGUUGCAUAUUUGGCCUUGAGAUUGCUCGAGUAGACGAGUCAAUAAGAAGACAAGAGUUUGAAGAAAUUACUGGCUCUAAUGAAAACAUCAAGCGUAUGCUGGAAGAACUAUGCAAGGUUCCGGAAACUAUUGUCAGUACAAACAACAUAAUUCUUCAGAACCAAGACACAUCCAUUUUGCGGAUUACCAAUAAAAGUGGGAAAGAAAAUGCUCUUUUUGAAAUAAUUUGUGAAGGUCAGUCCAUGAUUGAGGAUGGGCUAGCAUCCAAUCAUCGCCCAAGAGGUUCUUUUGGCUUUCCUCGAUGGCUUCAGGUCAAUCCAGCGACUGGCAUAAUUAAACCAGGCCAUAUCGCAGAGAUAUCAGUUCAUCACGAAGAAUUCCACACACUGGAGGAGUUUGUUGAUGGCAUCCCUCAAAACUGGUGGUGUGAAGAUGCCAGAGACAAGGAAGUUAUGUUGGUGGUCAAAGUGCGUGGCACCCUCACAGUUAAGAGUAGGUGUCACCGAAUUCGUGUUCGUCACAGCAUCUCAGGCAAGAUUAGUACACAUACAGAUAUUAGUAGCAACACUUCUGGCAAUGUCCAAUCAAAUGUUCUUCGUCGGGCUGAUUUCCAGAGACUUAGUGGCUCCUCUGAUGUAGUUGACAACCUAAUAAAUCUUCAUUCUCCUUGAAACAGUUCAGGUAUAUACUGUUAAUGCAGAAACCGAUGUGGUGGUCGAUAUUCGUAGAGGGCCCAUAGUUUGACUGGCAGAAUAUCGACUACAUGAGGGUCCGAGUGUAAAUAGCUGCAAAGCUCGGAUGAGAUUUUUGUGCCACCUUGAAAUCAUCUUGAUUCCAAGCAGUUGCACUUUCAGUGUGUGCUUAAAGACAAUUCUGUGAGUCUUGUUGAGUUGUUUGUGGUCAUCGGGUUGUACUUCAGGACUCCUAUUGUCAGUGGCAUCUGUAGCAAAGAAAAAAUGAGUGCCUGUACAGCUGAAGUCUUUGACCAAUUACCGUCUAUUCUAACUUCGCUGCCAUGCCAGCCAAAUGAAAUUUAGAUUUGUUAUGUUUGAACAUUAUCUGAACAUACUGUAUAUAAAAAUUAAAAAAAAAUACAAACAAAAGGAGUAAACAAUUGGGCUGGGUAGACCCAUCCCUUCUCCGUUUAUAAGUUAAAUCUUCUUUUUCCAUUUUUUUUAUAGCAGAAUUAUGAAUUUUGGCUGUCUUCACAGAGAUGGAAAGACGAGGCAGUAAGGCUUGUUGAAGAAUGCUGUUGACAUUUUUGUUGUUGUAUAACAUUGAUUGAUGGGUUCCUUCA